CAACAACGGAACAAUUAAACAUGUACUCCAAGGUGAUCGUCUUCUUGUGCGCCGCUGGCAUCGCAUCUGCUGGCAACCUCCUACACGCCGCACCGCUUGCUUACAGCGCUCCGGUUUCCUCUGUGUCCUACUCUUCACAAACAACAUCCCAUGGUAGCCCGGUUGCUACUUACGCAGCUCACUCUGCACCUGCCAUCACUACCUACUCUGCCGCUCCAGUAGUGAAGGCAAUUUCACCAGCUGUUUCAUACUCUGCUCCUGUUGCCUAUGCAGCCAGCCCCUACACUACCUAUGCAGCUUCACCCGCUGUUUCUUAUUCCUCAUUAGCCCAUUCCGGUCCCGUCACAUACUCAGCUAGUCCAAUUGUAACAAAGACCUUGUCUUCUCCUGCUGUGUCCUACUCUUCGGUCGCAAAUCACCUUUCACCUGUGACCUACUCUGCCAGCCCUAUUGUGGCCAAGACUUAUGCAGCUCCCGCCUACACUACCUACGCCGCUGCUGCUCCUGCCAUAUCUUCGUACGCUACCGCUCCCGUUCUCAAGUCCGCCAUCUCAUACUCAGCCGCCCCAGCCGUGUCUCACGUCACCUACACUGGCUUAGGAGCUAGCUACGGCUGGUAA